UCCCUUAGCAACGGCCGCGCUUCCGGCGGUCGCGUCACUUCCUGCGGGGCCGCGGCGAGGACAAGAUGGCGGCGCUGGGCGAGCCGGUGCGGCUGGAGCGAGACAUCUGCAGAGCAAUUGAGUUGCUGGAAAAAUUACAGAGAAGCGGAGAAGUGCCGCCACAGAAACUACAGGCUCUGCAAAGGGUCCUGCAGAGUGAGUUCUGUAAUGCUGUAAGGGAGGUGUAUGAACACGUAUACGAGACAGUGGAUAUCAGCAGUAGCCCAGAAGUCAGAGCUAAUGCAACAGCAAAGGCCACUGUAGCUGCAUUUGCUGCUAGUGAAGGUCAUUCCCAUCCCAGAGUGGUUGAACUACCAAAAACUGAAGAAGGUCUUGGAUUCAACAUCAUGGGAGGCAAAGAACAAAAUUCUCCGAUCUAUAUCUCUCGAAUUAUCCCUGGUGGUAUAGCUGAUAGACACGGAGGCCUGAAACGUGGAGACCAGCUUCUUUCCGUAAACGGAGUGAGCGUCGAAGGUGAACACCAUGAAAAAGCCGUAGAACUGCUGAAGGCAGCCCAAGGAAAGGUUAAAUUAGUUGUACGAUACACACCAAAGGUCCUGGAAGAAAUGGAGUCAAGAUUUGAAAAAAUGAGGUCAGCAAAACGCAGGCAGCAAAACUAACGUUUGUAUGCAAUAACUUAAAGAGAAAAUAUAUUCCAUGUACAUUGUAUAGUUUGCUUUGUGACUUAGUCGAGGCAAUUCCUGGGCUGCAAAAGAUACUGUCAUUUUCAUAGAAUCACAAAAUUGUUGAGGUUGGAAAGGGCUCCUGGAGAUCAUCUCGUCAAACCCCCCAGCUAGAGCAGGUUGCUUACGGCUGUGACAAAUUGAAUUCUGAGCAUCUCCACGGGUGGAGACUCUACAAGAUCUCUGGGCAACCUGUUCUAGUGUUCUGAUCUCUCUCAUACUAAAAAUGUCCAUUUUUAUGUGUAAAUGGAGUUUCUUAUAUUAGGGGCUGUUGCCUCUUGUCCUAUCACUGUAUACUACUGAGAAGAGUCUGGCUCCUGGUUUUUUUGUUUCUUUUAAACUCCUCCAUGUCAGGCAUUUACAGAUGUUGAUAAGAACACCCCCGAGCCUUCUCUUCUCUGAGUUAGACAAUCCCGGUUGUCUCAGUCUCUCUCCUUGUCUGUCAGAUGCUCCAAUCACUUAAUCAUCUUUGUGGCCCUUCACUGUAUGCCCUUGUCUGUCUUCUGCUGGGGAGCCCAAAACUGGACCCAUUGCUCCAGCUGUGUCUCGUGGGGGCUGCGCAGAGGGGAAGGAUCACCUCCCUUGCCUUGCUGGCAGUGGUCUUCCUAAUGCAGACCAGGAGGCUGUUGCCUGUCUUUGCUGCAAGGACACAUGGGUGGUUUGUGACCAGUUUGGUGUCCUUCUCUGCAAGCUGGUGAGCCCCCGGCCUGUCCUGGUGCAUGGGAUUGUUCUUCCCCAGGUGUAUGGCUUCGCACUUCCCUUUGCUCAGCAUUGAGAUUCUUGAUUGCUCAUUUCUCCAGCCUGCCAAGGUUCCUCAGAAUGGCUUGCUGGGACCAUACUCAGUCCCGUCACUCAUGUUAUUAACCAGGAUGUUAAACAGUAUGGACCUCAGCAGUGACCCCCUGGGGUACAUCGGUAGUGACUGGCUUCCGACAGGACUUGGUGCCACUGAUGACAGGCCUUGGCAGUUUAGCCAUUUUUAGAAUAUUUUCAGUUUCCGUGCAUUUUUCACAUUUUAAGAAGAAUGUGUACUUUUAAAAUAGCCUAGGAGACACUGAAAAAGCAUGUAUAUUGAUUUUUAUAAAUCUUUUUCAUGUCAGACCUUUACUCAUGAAAGUGAAUUUACAGAUUUUUGAAAGGCAUUUAAUAAGACCUAUUUCUACGACUGACAUCACUUUUUUCCCUAUUUUAUUUUGGCAUUAUUUAACAUUAAAUCUGAAGGUUUUUUGCUGAAUUAUUUUGGAAAAAAAGAUUCUUAUGUAGCAGUAUUUUGGCACUUUUCUUAAGAACAUGUUAUAUAUCAAAAUGUAAUCAUGAUCUACUAUGUAACUGAUAACAAUACCAGAUUUUGUAAUGCUUUGGUGAGUACAUUAUUUUUACACUUCUGCUAAAUCGUAAUUCGUUAUUCUGAAAAUUUUAUUACCUCGCCUGUAAAUAAUCUACAGUUGGUGUUCUCAUAUAAUGACUUUGUAAUAGCUGACAUUGACAAAUUUGCAGCAAUCAGUCUUUCCUGUAACUUAUUUUGUACUAAUUUUAAAGCAGUCGGGGGAAAAUAUGUAAUUGUUUGCAGUUCUGGAUUAAGCCUCUAUAUGUAUUUUUAUAUUCAAAAACAGAAGAUAUGUUAAUGCAGUGAAAAAGAAUUCCAGAUGUUUCCCUGACCUUCUGCUGUUUUAAAAAAAAAAAAAAAAAAAGCUGAAUUUAAUUGUCAUACCUCUUUUGUGUUCUUAGUAUGUCCUAUUGUAAAAUCUUAUAUACAGAGUGACUGUACUGAACUUGGAGUCGUUAGUAUCUAAAUAACUGAUCGUUACAUUUGUCAGGGCAAAAAGUUCCGAGGCUUACAUGUUGCGUAACCCUAACGUGAACUUGGGUUAAUUGCUGGCUACUUCUGAUUUGGAGGGUUCACGUUUGUACUGCAGAAGGAGUAGCAUCAACAUCGCCGUAAAACUUUAUAUGGAAUGGUGCUGUGGUGGCAAUAAGGAAAUCUCCAGGUAUAAGCCGUGUCUUUUCCCAAGUGUGGUUGAUGGUGGCUCAUUUUUUGUGUGCCAUUUUAAAGAACCUUUUUCUGGACAAAAGUACACUUCUGUGAAUCUACCAGGUUUGAGGCAGCACUUGUGUAGCUUAGUUUAUUUUAAAAGCUUCACUUUUUGGUGUAUAUCUGUAAUUAACUUGAUUGUCUACUGGGUGUCUGUUAACUUGUAUGGCAGCUAUGAGUGCAUCCUAAUUGACUCUUAGUAAUAAAAUUCUUAGAGACUUAAAAGUGCAGUUCUGGCCAUGUGGCCGCUCCCUAGCUUUUUCCACAUGGUACAGUAUGAUUGAUUGUGAAAUAAUUCAGUAUGUGAAAGAAAGUAAAAGGUUAAAGAUCUAAAAAUGACAGCAUGAAGUUUGUACUUCUUCAGCUAAUCUAUUGGAAAAGAAAAAAAAUGUGAUUGCUACAGGCCAGUGAGAAAUGUGAUUGCUUUCUGCAUGUUUGCAAGCAUGGUAAGCCUGCAAAGAGAAAUUCAGAUUUUAAAGAUACUGAUAGUUUGAAAAUGCAGUAUAAAUAUUUAUCAGUUAGAUGACAUUGAGCACUGAAGUGCAUGGUUGAUUAUCUGUCGUAAUGAGGCCUCUAUCCAAAGGCCUCAUGUCGCUGAUAGGACCAUGUUGUUGAAUUGUAUAUUUUUAUGGAACAACUAAUGUUUAAAGUAUUGAGACCAAAAUCACUAGAUAGAUCAAUCGUGGAUGUGUUUUAAUUUAAUUGUAAAAUAGUAGAUAUUUGGUUUAGAGCUAUAUAUAAAUAUAUAUAUUAAAGAAGGGUAUGGAUACAAGAUAGAAAUGUGCAUUUUAAAACGUGUAUCCCUUGGUGUUACUGAACAAAGCAGUGUUUUCUGUUACUCUAAGGAAAAACUUUAGCGUAGCUAGAGCUGCUGAAUGCAGUAGCGUCGUCAUUCUGAAUCAAAGCAUUUGGAUACAGUUUGUCGUCCACUACAAAAUGUGGGGAAGUGUACCCGGGCAUGUAAAUUGUACGUGUAGAAUUUAAUACCAAGGUUUUUUUAAUUGCAACAACAAAAAACAUCCAAUAAGCAGAUAACUCGUUAAUGGUCAUCUUUUAUUACUAUGAAAACCCUAUUAUAUUGAGGAAAGGGUGGAUUAAAAUAUGCUGAGAAACUUGAUUUCUUUUACUACUGAGCAGUGCCUGUACUGUGUUAAUGUGCAGUCCCUACACACUUGACAGACUUGGGUGUGCAAACAGAUUAAGAAGAGAUAACAGUUCUGCAGGUAACUUCUGCACCUAUUGCUGCUGUGAGGGAUCUCUGGGUUUUAUCAACAGAAAAAUAAAAGGUGAAUUUCACGUG